CACUAGCACGAUUUAAAAGUAAUGUUUAUUUCACUUUUAAGGCACACAUCUCGAGCUUACUACGUUCAUUUCGCUAUUGUUUUGUUGUUGCUUGUUGUUAACUGUAAGAAGUCGAAACGCAAAACAUUUCACUAUCACGGACGGGCAACGACAGCGUACACUAAAAAGAUCUGUGCGGAAUUGGACAGUACAUUGAGAGCUCGUCACAAAACAUGUUUUCUACGGCCAGACUCCGGUCCGUGUCGAGCGGACAUCGUUCAGUGGUACUUCGACGUGAAACAACACAGAUGCUACAGAUUCUUUUGGGGCGGUUGCCAAGGAAACGGUAACAAAUUCGAAACUGAAAAGGAAUGCCGAGACUACUGUUAUCUUAAUACCACAACUGCAAUACUACAAAUACCACACUUCUGUUCCUUGAGCUUCGACUAUGGAACAUGCUUCGGGUAUUACCAUCGAUGGACUUGGGAUAAAUUUUUUAAAACUUGCAAGCGUCGCUUGUAUUCCGGUUGCGGUGGAAACCAGAAUAAUUUCGAGACACGAGCAGAAUGCUUCUCCACUUGUCUCAAGCCGCCAAACAAUACGCUGCAACAGCGUUAUCAACGCUUCACGACUUGUGUCCCGUUCAACAUCGACGACUUGAUGUAAAAAUAGUUUUUGUUAAACUCACUGUUCUCUCCGAAACACCUAAACUCCGACACAAAAGUCAUUACCUACAACAAAAUAAAAAAAU